CGCAGACGCGCGAGGACGGACCGUCGGAUGACGGGCCACUAUUAGGCAGGGAGAGCGGAAUUUCGGCGCGCGAGCCAUUGCCAGACAGCGCCGUCUCACUAUUUGGCAGCUGCAGAGGUGCGGGGGGAGGGGUGGGCUAGGCCGUGGAGUCGGGCUUGUCUGCUCCUUUACAAACGGAGGCUCACUGAGACAGGGGGAGAGCGCGAGACGAAAGAAAGGCGCCCAUCUGAGCGCUCAUUUCAUGAACACGACGGGGCUAGAGCUCUGGCUGUCCUUCAUUGGGAAAGUGGAUCGAAGUCUGGCAGCUUGGCUGCUCACCUAGAUCCAGAUGAAUGAAGACCCCAUUCGGGAAAACAGCAGGCCAGCGAUCCAGAGCUGAUGCAGGGCAUGCAGGUGUUUCUGCAGGUAUGAUGAAGAAAAAGAAUUCCCACAAGAAGCACAAGAGCAACGUUGGCCCCAGUAAGCCAGUUUCCCAACCCAGACGGAACAUUGUUGGCUGUAGGAUACAACAUACCUGGAAGGAGGCUGGAAGUCCACCGACGCAGUGGAAGGGAACAGUCCUCGACCAGGUCCCCGUCAACCCUUCGCUCUACCUAAUAAAGUAUGACGGCUUUGACUGUGUCUAUGGGCUGGAACUUCACAAAGAUGAGCGGGUACAAGGCCUGGAAGUCUUACCAGACAGAAUUGCCUCCUCCCGGAUCAGUGACGCCCACCUGGCAGAUACUAUGAUUGGCAAGGCUGUGGAGCACAUGUUUGAGACGGAAGAUGGAUCAAAGGAUGAGUGGAGAGGAAUGGUCCUAGCACGUGCUCCCAUUAUGAACACAUGGUUUUACAUCACGUAUGAGAAGGAUCCCGUUUUAUACAUGUAUCAGCUUCUAGACGAUUACAAAGAAGGUGACCUUCGGAUAAUGCCUGAUUCAAAUGAUUCGCCCCCUGCUGAACGUGAGCCAGGAGAGGUGGUGGACAGCUUGGUGGGCAAACAAGUGGAGUAUGCCAAAGAAGAUGGCUCCAAAAGAACUGGCAUGGUGAUCCAUCAGGUGGAAGCCAAACCAUCAGUGUAUUUUAUCAAGUUUGACGACGACUUCCACAUCUACGUCUACGACUUGGUGAAAACGUCCUAGGUGUGUUGCUUGGAGGGGAGGGAAGUGGGUGAAAAAGUGAGAAAUGAUCUACAGACAUUGCCAAAUCUUCGGAGCUCUUCUCGUGACAACUUGAGACAAGGUGGAUAUUUCCUUUGCAGGCUCUCACUGGAGCCUGUGGUUUCCUGAGAGCUCUCGAACCUUGCUAACAAAACGUUUGUUAAUUCCGCCAGAAGGGACGUCUCUGCACAAAGUAAAAGGCUUAUUGGAAGAAUUAACAGGAGGAUGCAAUCUUAAAAUUUCAGCCCUACGUUGAAGCUAAAUCUUUAGCAUAUCAUGUCUUUCAGUGGCAAGAAAAACGGAUUUUUAAAAUCGCAACACACACUGCAUUUACAUUUUUAUUUGAACAUCUAGCAACAGAAGAUAGCUGAAGUCUCAUUCUAAUUUUAACCUAGACAGAAUUACUUCAGUGUCAAUGGAAUUGAAUAAUGCUUAUGCAAGUCCUUUUUUUUAUUUGGUUCAUUGUAGUUGCAGACUUAAAUAGUACACCCCAUUGUAUGCAAUAUAGAAAGCCUUAAGUAGAAAAUCUUAGCAAUUUUUUAGGGAAAUUUCAAAGAAUAAUGUUUCAUAUUUAUUUUUGUUGCCAUUUCCUUUGUGGUAUCUGUAGGGGAUGAAUAAUUCAGUGUUUUCCUUUCAGUUCUUUAAUUGGUUUCCUUAAAAGACAUCGAUUAGAAUUCAAUAUACAUGUAAGCUUUCUGCAGUUUGCUCUUAAACACUGAUUUUAAAUGAAGUUCCCCAGCAAGAAAUAAAAAAAAAAAAAAAAAAAAAACCACAUAUUUACGACAAUUUGUAACUUUAGUUGUAUUUCUAUAGACAACAUAAUAAAACACCAGCAAAGUCUUGCUGUUUUCUAACAUGACUAAAUCUGGGCAUUUUUAAUAAUUCUUGUGAAACCUCUUAACUGGUUCAAAGUUCUAGUCAAAAGUUUACAGUGACUGUUAGAUGUGGUUGUCAGGACCUGUAAUGGCUUUUUUUUUUGUGUUACCCUUAGUUUUGGAUGUUUUAUUUCUGUAUCAUCCCAAACUUUGUUAGAUCUGGAAGACAUGUCAACAUUGUCAAGUUCCUUACUUCACAUGGUACAACAACAUGCAUUAUUUGCAGAAGUGUGUCUUCGGAACAUGUUGUAUUUCAUAUAGAUAUAACGUUAGUAAUAAGUAGUCUCACCUGAUGACAUAAGAAUUCUGUUUUCUUAAUUGUCCCGCAUGAUUUAUUUUUUUCCUUCCACAAUAUGCAGUAAAGCCAAAAAUGGUGUUCAAGGGAUUGUGACAAGCCUAUGAAAGAUUUUGUUUAGGAAGACUCCCCCCCCCCCCC